UAUACAAAAAUGGCGGGAAAUAAUAUACUUCGGUAACCGAAGUGCGCCGAUAAUUUCACCAGAAACCGAACCGAAGUUCACCGAAAAUUUCAUCGGAAACCGAAACCGAAGUGACCGAGAAUUGCAGAGAGGAAUUUUUUUAACAAACGGCAACGUUUCUUCUUUGUUUCAUUUCUAUAUAUACACAUUUUGCCCGAGAUAAAACAAAACCAAACCCUAACUUCCUCAUGAAUAUUGAAAUAUCGCCGUCGAUGGAUACUGAUGAGAGGAAUGAACUCAGUUUACAGACUACUCAGAGUGAGAAUGAGGAAGCUAUAUCAGGUGGAGGAUCAACCUCAAAAUCAAAGCAACCACUUCCACCGCCACCACCGGCGACGGCGCCUGUUGUUCGUCUUUGUAAAAGGUCAAAAUCUCAUCCUUGUACUAGAAAAGUUACUCAACAUACAGCUCUAGUAUGGGAUCAUUUUAAAUUAAUCAAAGGUACAAAUGAAGGUGAAGGUAAUAGGGUUGCUUGUGAUUAUUGUGGUAUAAAUUAUGCUUAUGAUUCAGAAAACCAUGUUGUUCUUGGUCAUAUGAGUGCUCAUUUGUAUCACAAAUGUCCUAAGUAUCCUUAUAGGGUUAAUAAAAGGAAAAGGGCUUUGUCUUUAGAAUCACAAAGGGAUGAGGAAUUAGAGGAAGGUGGUUCUAGUACUAAUCUUGCUCUUAGGGACAAUAGGGUAAUUGAUGUCGAGGCUAUUACAUGUGCCCUUGCGAAAAUGGUUAUAGUUGAUGGGUUGUCGUUUGGCGUUGUGGAGGGAGAAGGAUUUAAGACGUUUUCUCAUGCUUUGGAACCGAGGUUUGUAGUUCCUUCUCGUUUUGAUGUUGCUAGAGAUUGUAUGAGAAUUUGUAAGGAGGAGAAAGCGAAACUGAAAGAUGUGCUCGAGUUUCAACGUGUUUGUCUUACUGUUGAUACUUGGAAGUCUGUUAAGAACAUGAAUUACAUGUGUCUUGUUGCUCACUGGAUUGAUAAUGAGUGGAAGUUGAACAAAAGAAUUUUGAACUUCCGUGUUGUUCCUAGUCUUAAGGGGGAAAUAAUCGGGAGGACAGUCGAGACAUGCUUGCUACAAUGGGGCAUAAAUGAGAUUUUCACUGUCACGGUUGCUAAUGCAAACUCUGAUGAUGGUGCUGUUAGGUAUUUGAGAGAAAGAACUGGAUAUUGGUACAGUACCAUUAUGGGACAUGAAUUCAUGCAUGUGAGGUCUGCCACGAAGAUUUUGAAUCUUGCUGUGAAAGAGUUUGUAACUGACUUUCAAGAAUCAAUUGAUAAGAUUCGUAAUGCAGUGAAAUUUGUCAGGUCGUCUCCUAGUAAGCUGGAAAAGUUCAAGAGAUUUAUGUGGUUUCGUAGAGACUCAACUAAGAGGCUUCCCUAUGUUGACAUUGAAGCUAGGUGGGAUUCAACCUAUAAAAUGUUAGAAACUGCUGAGAAGUGUGAGAAAUCUUUUGAACGUCUAAAGGAGGAUGACCCAAACUAUGUUUUGCACUUUGAAGGUGAUGAGGAUAUUGUGGUUGGAUCCGAAGGAAGGAACAGGGAAGUAAAUAACACUCAGCCUCCCAAUGAAAAUGAUUGGACGAAUGCCAGAUGUUUUGUCAAAUUGUUGGAGCAUUUUCAUGAUGCAGCAUUGCAACUUUCAGGCUCUUUACAUGUCACAUCAACUUCCUUUUACCAUGAGUUUGUGUCAUUGCAACUUGAGCUACUUGAAUUGAGUAGAAAUGGAGAUGGUAUCUUGAAUUCUAUGGCUUUGCACUUAAAAAUAAAGCUUGAAAAUUAUCUGGGUAAUCCUGAUAAUAUCAACCCCAUGUUAUUUGUUGCUAUAGUUUUAGAUCCUCGUUAUAAGCUGGUAAAUAUGAAGUAUUGUUUUGAUCAAAUUUAUGAUAGCGCAAGGGCUAAACAGAUGAGUCAGAGAGUGGAAGACACUUUGACUCGAAUGUAUGAUCACUACCGAUUAUUGAGUUCCAAUGCUCAUCUGCUAGCUAAAAGUUCGAAUGCAGCUUCUAAUGAGACGAGUUCUGAUGAGCUUGAAGAGGGUCGCUUUACUGUAAAUACCAUGAAACGGGAGUACAGAAGGUAUUUAAAAGAAAAAAGGGAGAAGCUAGCUAAUUCGGAUGUGUUAAGGUAUCUAUCUGUGGAUUGUGAAACCAUGGAUGAUCAUUUUGAUAUUCUGGAAUGGUGGAAGGUCAAUACACCUAAGUAUCCAGUUCUCUCCCAAAUAGCUAGAGAUGUAUUGGCCAUUCCAGUUUCUACAGUUUCUCUAGAGUCAGCAUUCAAGAUGGAUAAUCAUGUACUGGAUCCAUUUAGGAGUUCACUGCCACCAUUGAUGCUAGAAGCUCUUAUGUGUGGUCAGAAUUGGUUGAGACCUGCAUCACAUCCAAUUGAUCUCCGUGAAACUAUGGAUGAACUAGAAAAAUAUGAAGAAAUUGAAUCAGAAUUCUCUGGAUUAAGUUCGGCCAUGACUGCAGAUUUAUGCUACUUAUAUGAUUAACUAUCUCGGUUGCUGGGAGACUGAAGAUGGCUGAUGAGUCUGCACUGGUUUACGGAUCCGUUCUCUGAAUUGAUUUUGGUUUUGCUAUGUAUGAAAAUACAUGUUUUGCCCAUGCUCAAGUCAUGGAAAUCAUAAACUAUGUUAUUUCUUCUAUGUUCCCAGUAAUCUUGAAAGUUAUUGACAUGUAGCUCAGACAAAACACUUAUGCUUUUGCUACCUCUUUUGUUGCUUCUAUGGAUGAAACAUUACAUUUGAAGUUUUAGUCACUGAAAUUGUUUAGCCUGUA